UGGAAAGAAAUGGCGAGGUAGGUGGAGGGAUGUCUUCUGAUCAUCUUGCUAAGAUAUGUGCUUCAGCUGUCAGAGAAUCUUUAGCCAAUGUUUUCGGGAACACAUGUGAUUGUUUUAUCCGGAACUUUGAAAAAUCAUUUGGGAGUACCUUGAGGACUCUAAAAUCGAUCAAGGAAUCAUCUACAAAUAACAGGAGAUGUCUCUCGAGCCACCAAAACAUGGAAGGGUCUUCUCUACAUGUGACUCAUGAUGAACAAGAUGGUGCAAGCAGCUCUGAUAUAGAAGAUUGUCACUCAAAAGCAUUGUCCCACACUGGUGCAACCCAGGGUCAAUUAAAUUAUAGAGAUGAAUUAAAUCAGAGUAUGUUAACAAGUUCUAUUAAUCUGGAGCUUGCCCUGCAUGGGCAAACAAACCAGUUGACUUAUAUUCCUCCAAGAACAUCUGAAUCUGGAGCCAACCAGUCCAUGAUUGGAACUAUUGGGAAGUCUGUCAUAGAGCAAGCCCGUGCUAACGACCUCAAAACAUUGGAGCUUAAUCUUACAAUGCAGAAACUAAAGUUGAAAGAGACACAGCUAGCUCUCAACUAUGAUUCAAAUCAACUGCAGAGGUCAAAAUUUUCGAUGGAUGUAUCAAAAGCAUCCUUCAAAACUGAAAAGUUUAAGAGUCAAUUAGAAGAUACAAGACAUGCUGAGCUGCUUAAAGAGUGCAUUGACUGUCUAGUUGCUGGUUUGCUUGUCAUGAUCGCAUCCCUGAUAUAUGGUGCUUAUGUGUAUUCGUACAAAAGACUUACUGAAGCUACUGCAUCCUGUACACCUUCAACAAAGGGGUCAGAGUCUUGGCUGAGCUGGAAAGCCUGGGAUCCAAUGACAUCUUUCAAUUCAGGGUUUCACAUUCUAAGGUGCAAGGUUGAAGUUGUGAGCCGAAUGCUAUUUGGUGUCUUAAUGAUUCUUGCAAUUGCUUUUUUGCUCCUCCAGCGCUCUGCAACUGCAAAACAGAUAAUGCCAGUAACUUUCAUAAUCUUGCUACUGGGAAUUAUGUGUGGAUUUUUUGGCAAGCUCUGUGUAGACACAUUGGGAGGGAGUGGGUAUCAUUGGCUUAUAUAUUGGGAGACUCUUUGCAUGCUGCAUUUCUUCUGUAAUGUAUGCACGUCUGCUUUGUUCUUUAUACUCCAUGGGCCGAUCGACGUGUCUCAAGGAACAAAAGGAAAUACAAUAUUUCCAUACUGGAUUCGGCGGGUGGUGUUUUAUUGUACUUCAUUUUUGUUUCUGCCACUCUUUUGUGGCCUCACGCCUUUCGCAAGCAUUGGUGAAUGGAAACAUCAUCUCCUGCUGCUGGUCACUGAUCUUGGUUACUGGUGAUGAAAGCCGGUUUCUAGAGUACUGAGAGGAUCUGCUUCCUUUUUUCUCAACAAGGUAGCUUUUGCCUUUCAGCAUAACUGAGUCUGUACAUGAUGUCAAGCUGUUGUUGUAUCUGGCCCAAACAACUCAGCUGGCAUUGUAAUAGUAUCUGAUGUAUGUGUAAUUCAAACGAAAGGGCCAUUUUGUGCUAUUAUCGUUUCUGGUCUAGUGAAAUUAAGGGAGUGCUGGCCGGGAAGUACGAGUGCUUGAUGUAUAUUAUCAUAUGAUUUGUUGCCUGCCGAUGUUUUAUGGGGUCAUAUAUUACAUGGAUGAAUGUUUUAGACACAAUUCUGAUCUAGAGCCUCUAAAUUCCAUUUGCAUUGGACAAGUUUCAA